AUGGGAAGGCAGGGUAACGGCAAACCUCGUGGACUUCUGUCCAACACAAGGAUAUUUAACGACAAACCUCGGGGACUUUCUGUCCACUACAGGGGUAACGACAAACCUCGGGGACUUUCUGUCCAACAGAAGGGUAACGACAAACCUCAGGGACUUUCUGUCCAACACAAGGGUAACGACAACCCUCGGGGACUUUCUGUCCAACAGAAGGGUAACGACAAACCUCGUGGACUUUCUGUCCACUACAGGGGUAACGACAAACCUCGGGGACUUUCUGUCCAACACAAGGGUAACGACAAACCUCGUGGACUUCUGUCCAACACAAGGGGUAACGACAAACCUCGGGGAAUUUCUGUCCAACAGAAGUUGAACGACAAACCUCGGGGACUUUCUGUCCAACAGAAGUUUAACGACAAACCUCCGGGACUUUCUGUCCAACAGAUAUUUAACGACAAACCUCGGGGACUUUCUGUCCAACAGAGAGAUAACGAUCAACCUCGGAAUCUUUCUGUCCAACAGAUAUUUAACGACAAACCUCGGGGGCUUUCUGUCCACUACAGGGGUAACAACAAACCUCGUGGACUUCUGUCCAACACAAGGAUAUUUAACGGCAAACCUCGGGGGCUUUCUGUCCACUACAGGGGUAACAACAAACCUCGGGGACUUUCUGUCCAACAGAGAGAUAACGACAAACCUCGGGGGCUUUCUGUCCAACAGAGAGAUAACGACAAACCUCGGGGGCUUUCUGUCCAACAGAGAGAUAACGACAAACUUCGGGGCUUUCUGUCCAACAGAAGGGGUAACGACAAACCUCGGGGACUUUCUGUCCAACACAGGGGUAACGACAAACCUCGGGAACUCUCUGUCCAACAGUUAUUUAACGACAAACCUCAGGGACUUUCUGUCCAACAGAAGGGUAACGACAAACCUAAGGUACUUUCCGUCCAACACAAGGGUAACGACAAACCUAAGGGACUUUCUGUCCAACAGAAGGGUAACGACAAACCUCGGGGACUUUCUGUCCACUACAGGGGUAACGACAAACCUAAGGUACUUUCCGUCCAACAGAAGAGUAACGACAAACCUAAAGGACUUUCUGUCCAACAGAAGGGUAACGACAAACCUCGGGGACUUUCUGUCCAACAGAAGAGUAACGACAAACCUAAAGGACUUUCUGUCCAACACAAGGGUAACGACAAACCUAAGGGACUUUCUGUCCAACAGAAGGGUAACGACAAACCUCGGGGACUUUCUGUCCACUACAGGGGUAACGACAAACCUAAGGUACUUUCCGUCCAACAGAAGAGUAACGACAAACCUAAAGGACUUUCUGUCCAACAGAAGGGUAACGACAAACCUCGGGGACUUUCUGUCCAACACAAGGGUAACGACAAAUCUCGGGGACUUUCUGUCCAACACAAGGGUAACGACAAACCUCGGGGACUUUCUGUCCAACACAGGGGUAACGACAAACCUCGGGGACUUUCUGUCCAACAGAAGGGUAACGACAAACCUCGGGGACUUUCUGUCCAACACAAGGGUAACGACAAACCUCGGGGACUUUCUGUCCAACACAAGGGUAACGACAAACCUCGGGGACUUUCUGUCCAACAGAAAGGUAACGACAAACCUCGGGGGCUUUCUGUCCAACAGAAGGGUAACGACAAACCUCGGGGACUUUCUGUCCAACAGAAAGAUAACGAUAAACCUCGGGGACUUUCUGUCCAAUAG